AUGGAGCCAGCUCUCAGCCGACAGACAGCAGCCCUGACCAGAGCAGCCGUCGCAUUAGAGCGGGUGUGCUAGUGUGACGCAACGGAGGAAACGACGGAGAGCGAGAGAGAGCAAUCAGAGCGGGGCGGUUUCAUCCACUACUGAGGCUCCAAGACCUCAAUGGAAGAGAGGGAAAAAACAUAACAUUUUGACUGAAUAUGAAGGGUUUCUCGUUGGUAAAGACCAUUUUGCGAAGUGCUCGGACAAUACCCGCUCCAGCCAAUAUGAGUGCGGGAAUUCCUACAAAUACUGUCCGGGGGCAAUGCAGACGAAGGACUGUGUUGCACGGCUAAGUACAGGCGUGUGUCCGAAUAGUACAGUCAGUGCUAAGAGCGCAGCUUGCUGCUUCCACGUCGAAAAUCUAGCGGGUUGAAACUUCUGCAGUUUCGACCGAAAAGGGAUUGUCAGCCCACACAGAGAGCUGUAGAGAAGGGGUUCUCAGCCCAGACAGAGAGCUGUAGAGAAGGGGUUCUCAGCGCCGAGCAGUUGAGUUCACAAGCUAUUCCAGCAGUUCUCGAAAGACUGGAAGCCCGAGCUACCUGCUCUGACAGACGAAGGUUUGCGGCUCUCAUAAAUUGCCGUUAGCAAUAUGGAACGGGACAAGGCGAUCCACAUUGACCAUGUUCAGUGAAAUAUAAUAUAUGGAAAUAUCCCCGGAAAGCCAUCAGCUAUGUGUUGCAAGCCAUAAAAUGAACUAAAGCUUCGGCGAGUGUCGAAUUAUAAUGCUGGCCGAAGAGUACGCUUGGCAGAGGUGGUUCCACGCGCUCAGGCCUUUUUUGAGCAGCUGAGGAGGGGAGAUGGAGCAUUUAUUUUUCACGUCCUGCUGGUAAAACUCAGUCACAGCAUUGGGACAAUGAACUUUAUUUAAUCAAGACUACGCAAUCCUGUUAUUAUCGCUUCCAUCGACUGCCUCAUAACGGCAGCAGGGCCGGAGCCAUGAUCAACGCAGCAAUACAUCCUUCAUCCAUUUGUGAAUAAAUCAAGUUGAUUACUUUGAAAUGAACCUGUGUGUUAUUUGGUCAUUGGUUAUGUUCACAGAGAAGGGUGCUGGCCUGGGAUGUGAGAGUAGGUGUGGAGGCCUGGUGUUCUGGGAUUCCCGACUGGGGUGGAGCAUAUAGUGGGGACUUAGUCUAUGAGCAGAAAAGUGAUCAGGUUACCAAAUGCAUAGAGAGUGUUUCAGGUUACCAGGUGCACAGAGCGUGUUUGUGGUUCCUGACAGCGGGUCUAUAGAGGUCUUAGUGGCCAGGAAAUGGGUGCUUAAGUGCGGGUGCCCCGGUUCGCCUGGUGGCCCCAGGGAGAAGGCCCAUGUGUGCGAGUGACACUGGGGUGCCUCAGGUGGGGGAGAGGUCAGCAGGUGAUUGGGGGCCUGGAAGUCUGAUAGGCCCCAGGGAGAAGGCCCAUAUGUGUGAGUGCUCGUUUGGACAUAGUCUCUGGUGCAAAAGCUGGACUUUUUCAGCAGAGCUCUCUCAUUGAUUUGUAUUGCGUUCCCAUGUGCCUGUGGUUAAAAAUGGUGUAAGACAACCAGUGGUGUCCCCCCCUCCCUGAGUCUCCCUCAACCAGGCCAUGGACCCCCAGCCCGCCCCUGAGGGUCCAGGUCCAACAGACAGGUACCGGCGCGAUUUCAGAAACCUGGUUUUCGACAACUAGAGAACCAAGGCGGAGACUCCCAGGGAAUGUCAGGUUAUGUUACCCGUGUGCAGAUAUUAGGAAACAGACUAUUUUGAGGGUGCUGGGUCCUUCACACGCCCGGUUCUCACCCCAUGAAGACAGCCAUCACUUCGGCGACCUCCAGGUUGGUCUCUUAGCACCGGGGACGGUCUGGUGCAGUGGGUGUCCAUUUUGGGCUGGGCAUCCCAGCUCGGGCCCAGGCGGCCAUUUGGGAUCCAGGUCAAGGGAUCAAAAUACUUUGCCAGCUGGAGCGAGCACUCUACCUGUUGACCCAGCGAGCCAUAUGACCAGUGGAGGUUAGAGCAGUGUAGGAUCAUGUCUUCCUGAACUGUAUUCUCUCCCUCCCCAGGUUAGAGCAGUGAGGGAUCAUGUCUUCCUGAACUGUGAUCUCUCCCUCCCCCAGGUUAGAGCAGUGAGGGAUCAUGUCUUCCUGAACUGUAUUCUCUCCCUCCCCAGGUUAGAGCAGUGAGGGAUCAUGUCUUCCUGAACUGUAUUCUCUCCCUCCCCAGGUUAGAGCCGGGAGGGAUCAUGUCUUCCUGAACUGUGAUCUCUCCCUCCCCCAGGUUAGAGCCGGGAGGGAUCAUGUCUUCCUGAACUGUAUUCUCUCCCUCCCCCAGGUUAGAGCAGUGAGGGAUCAUGUCUUCCUGAACUGUAUUCUCUCCCUCCCCAGGUUAGAGCAGUGAGGGAUCAUGUCUUCCUGAACUGUAUUCUCUCCCUCCCCCAGGUUAGAGCAGUGAGGGAUCAUGUCUUCCUGAACUGUAUUCUCUCCCUCCCCCAGGUUAGAGCAGUGAGGGAUCAUGUCUUCCUGAACUGUGUUCUCUCCCUCCCCCAGGUUAGAGCAGUGUAGGAUCAUGUCUUCAGCGAAGCGUCCUCUCUGGCUGAACUGGGAUAACCCUGACAUCAUGAGUGAACUACUGUUUACUAACAACGAGGUCAUCUUCAAGAACGGAGAUGGUGAGGGGGGAGGGAGGGGUAUAGGGUGUUUGUGUGUGUGUUUCGGGAAGUGUGUAUAUGUUUAUGUAAUUGUAUUAUUGAUAUCAGAACUUUGACACUCCCUAAAACAUCCUCUGAACAGUGUUUGACACUCCCUAAAACAUCCUCUGAACUGUGUUUGACCCUCCCUAAAACAUCCUCUGAACUGUGUUUGACACACUCUAAAACAUCCUCUGAACUGUGUUUGACAUUCCCUAAAACAUCCUCUGAACUGUGUUUGACGCUCUCUAAAACAUCCUCUGAACUGUGUUUGACAUUCCCUAAAACAUCCUCUGAACUGUGUUUGACACUCCCUAAAACAUCCUCUGAACUGUGUUUGACAUUCCCUAAAACAUCCUCUGAACUGUGUUUGACACUCUCUAAAACAUCCUCUGAACUGUGUUUGACAUUCCCUAAAACAUCCUCUGAACUGUGUUUGACACUCCCUAAAACAUCCUCUGAACGGUGUUUGACACUCCCUAAAACAUCCUCUGAACUGUGUUUGACACUCCCUAAAACAUCCUCUGAACUGUGUUUGACACUCUCUAAAACAUCCUCUGAACUGUGUUUGACAUUCCCUAAAACAUCCUCUGAACUGUGUUUGACACUCCCUAAAACAUCCUCUGAACUGUGUUUGACACUCCCUAAAACAUCCUCUGAACUGUGUUUGACACUCCCUAAAACAUCCUCUGAACUGUAUUUGACACUCCCUAAAACAUCCUCUGAACUGUGUUUGACACUCCCUAAAACAUCCUCUGAACUGUUUGACACUCUCUAAAACAUCCUCUGAACUGUUUUAACAUUCCCUAAAACAUCCUCUGAACUGUGUUUGACACUCCCUAAAACAUCCUCUGAACUGUGUUUGACAUUCCCUAAAACAUCCUCUGAACUGUGUUUGACACUCCUUAAAACAUCCUCUGAACUGUGUUUGACACUCUCUAAAACAUCCUCUGAACUGUGUUUGACAUUCCCUAAAACGUCCUCUGAACUGUGUUUGACAUUCUCUAAAACAUCCUCUGAACUGUGUUUGACACUCCCUAAAACAUCCUCUGAACGGUGUUUGACACUCCCUAAAACAUCCUCUGAACUGUGUUUGACACCCCCUAAAACAUCCUCUGAACUGUGUUUGACACUCCUUAAAACAUCCUCUGAACUGUGUUUGACACUCUCUAAAAUAUCCUCUGAACUGUGUUUGACAUUCCCUAAAACAUCCUCUGAACGGUGUUUGACACUCCCUAAAACAUCCUCUGAACUGUGUUUGACACUCCCUAAAACAUCCUCUGAACGGUGUUUGACAUUCCCUAAAACAUCCUCUGAACUGUGUUUGACCCUCCCUAAAACAUCCUCUGAACUGUGUUUGACCCUCCCUAAAACAUCCUCUGAACUGUGUUUGACAUUCCCUAAAACAUCCUCUGAACUGUGUUUGACACUCCCUAAAACAUCCUCUGAACUGUGUUUGACAUUCUCUAAAACAUCCUCUGAACUGUGUUUGAUACUCCCUAAAACAUCCUCUGAACUGUGUUUGACAUUCUCUAAAACAUCCUCUGAACAGUGUUUGACAUUCCCUAAAACAUCCUCUGAACGGUGUUUGACAUUCCCUAAAACAUCCUCUGAACUGUGUUUGACAUUCCCUAAAACAUCCUCUGAACUGUGUUUGACACUCUCUAAAACAUCCUCUGAAUUGUGUUUGACACUCCCUAAAACAUCCUCUGAACUUUGUUUGACCCUCCCUAAAAAUCCUCUGAACAGUGUUUGACAUUCCCUAAAACAUCCUCUGAACUGUGUUUGACACUCCCUAAAACAUCCUCUGAACUGUGUUUGACAUUCCCUAAAACAUCCUCUGAACGGUGUUUGACACUCCCUAAAACAUCCUCUGAACUGUGUUUGACCCUCCCUAAAACAUCCUCUGAACGGUGUUUGACAUUCCGUAAAACAUCCUCUGAACUGUGUUUGACCCUCCCUAAAACAUCCUCUGAACUGUGUUUGACCCUCCCUAAAACAUCCUCUGAACUGUGUUUGACAUUCCCUAAAACAUCCUCUGAACUGUGUUUGACAUUCUCUAAAACAUCCUCUGAACUGUGUUUGACACUCCCUAAAACAUCCUCUGAACUGUGUUUGACAUUCUCUAAAACAUCCUCUGAACUGUGUUUGACACUCCCUAAAACAUCCUCUGAACUGUGUUUGACAUUCUCUAAAACAUCCUCUGAACUGUGUUUGAUACUCCCUAAAACAUCCUCUGAACUGUGUUUGACAUUCUCUAAAACAUCCUCUGAACAGUGUUUGACAUUCCCUAAAACAUCCUCUGAACGGUGUUUGACAUUCCCUAAAACAUCCUCUGAACUGUGUUUGACAUUCCCUAAAACAUCCUCUGAACGGUGUUUGACAUUCCCUAAAACAUCCUCUGAACUGUGUUUGACAUUCCCUAAAACAUCCUCUGAAUUGUGUUUGACACUCCCUAAAACAUCCUCUGAACUUUGUUUGACCCUCCCUAAAAAUCCUCUGAACAGUGUUUGACAUUCCCUAAAACAUCCUCUGAACUGUGUUUGACACUCCCUAAAACAUCCUCUGAACUGUGUUUGACACUCCCUAAAACAUCCUCUGAACUGUGUUUGACAUUCCCUAAAACAUCCUCUGAACAGUGUUUGACAUUCCCUAAAACAUCCUCUGAACUGUGUUUGACCCUCCCUAAAACAUCCUCUGAACUGUGUUUGACACUCCCUAAAACAUCCUCUGAACUGUGUUUGACACUCCCUAAAACAUCCUCUGAACUGUGUUUGACACUCCCUAAAACAUCCUCUGAACUGUGUUUGACACCCCCUAAAACAUCCUCUGAACUGUGUUUGACACUCCCUAAAAAUCCUCUGAACAGUGUUUGACAUUCCCUAAAACAUCCUCUGAACUGUGUUUGACACUCCCUAAAACACCCUCUGAACUGUGUUUGACAUUCCCUAAAACAUCCUCUGAACUGUGUUUGACACUCCCUAAAACAUCCUCUGAACUGUGUUUGACAUACCCUAAAACAUCCUCUGAACUGUGUUUGACACCCCCUAAAACAUCCUCUGAACUGUGUUUGACACUCCCUAAAAAUCUUCUGAACAGUGUUUGACAUUCCCUAAAACAUCCUCUGAACUGUGUUUGACACUCCCUAAAACAUCCUCUGAACUGUGUUUGACAUUCCCUAAAACAUUUACAUUUACAUUUUACAUUUUAGUCAUUUAGCAGACGCUCUUAACCAGAGCGACUUACAGGAGCAAUUAGGGUUAAGUGCCUUGCUCAAGGGCACAUUAACGUCAUUUAGCAGACGCUCUUAGCCAGAGCGACUCACAAAUUGGUGCGUUCACCCUAUAGCCAGUGGGAUAACCACUUUACAAUUUGGGGGGGGGGGGGGGGGGGGGGUUAGAAGGAAUACUUUAGCCUAUCCCAGGUAUUCCUUAAAGAGGUGGGGUUUCAAAUGUCUCCGGAAGGUGGUGAGUGACUCCGCUGUCCUGGCGUCGUGAGGGAGCUUGUUCCACCAUUGGGGUGCCAGAGCAGCGAACAGUUUUGACUGGGCUGAGGGGGAGCUGUGCUUCCGCAGAGGAAGGGGAGCCAGCAGGCCAGAGGUGGAUGAACGCAAUGUCCUCGUUUGGGUGUAGGGACUGAUCAGAGCCUGAAGGUACAGGGGUGCCGUUCCCCUCACUGCUCCAAAGGCAAGCACCAUGGUCUUGUAGCGGAUGCGAGCUUCAAUUGGAAGCCAGUGGAGUGUGCGGAGGAGGGGGGUGACGUGAGAGAACUUGGGAAGGUUGAACACCAGACGGGCUGCGGCAUUCUGGAUGAGUUGUAGGGGUUUAAUGGCACAGGCAGGGAGCCCAGCCAACAGCGAGUUGCAGUAGUCCAGACGGGAGAUGACAAGUGCCUGGACCAGGACCUGCGCCGCUUCCUGUGUAAGGCAGGGUCGCACUCUCCGAAUGUUGUAGAGCAUGAACCUGCAGGAGCGGGUCACCGCCUUGAUGUUGGCGGAGAACGACAGGGUGUUGUCCAGGGUCACGCCUAGGCUCUUCGCACUCUGGGAGGAGGACACAGCGGAGUUGUCUACCGUGAUGGCGAGAUCAUGGAACGGGCAGUCCUUCCCGGGGAGGAAGAGCAGCUCCGUCUUGCCAGGGUUCAGCUUGAGGUGGUGAUCCGUCAUCCAUACUGAUAUGUCUGCCAGACAUGCAGAGAUGCGAUUCGCCACCUGGUGAUCAGAAGGGGGAAAGGAGAAGAUUAGUUGUGUAUCGUCAGCGUAGCAAUGAUAGGAAAGGCCAUGUGAGGAUAUGACAGAGCCAAGUGACUUGGUGUAUAGGGAGAAAAGGAGAGGGCCCAAAACCGAUCCCUGGGGGACACCAGUGGUGAGAGCACGUGGUGCGGAGACAGCUUCCCGCCACGCCACUUGGUAGGAGCGACCGGUCAGGUAGGACGCAAUCCAGGAGUGAGCCGCGCCGGAGAUGCCCAUUUCGGAGAGGGUGGAGAGGAGGAUCUGAUGGUUCACAGUAUCAAAGGCAGCAGACAGAUCUAGAAGGACAAGAGCAGAGGAGAGAGAGUUAGCUUUAGCAGUGCGGAGAGUCUCUGUGACACAGAGAAGAGCAGUCUCAGUUGAAUGACCAGUCCUGAAACCUGAUUGGUUUGGAUCAAGAAGGUCAUUCUGAGAGAGAUAGCAAGAGAGUUCAGAGGAUGUUUUAGGGAGUGUCAAACACAUCCUCUGAACUGUGUUUGACACUCCCUAAAACAUCCUCUGAACUGUGUUUGACACUCCCUAAAACAUCCUCUGAACUUUGUUUGACCCUCCCUAAAAAUCCUCUGAACAGUGUUUGACAUUCCCUAAAACAUCCUCUGAACUGUGUUUGACACUCCCUAAAACAUCCUCUGAACUGUGUUUGACACUCCCUAAAACAUCCUCUGAACUGUGUUUGACAUUCCCUAAAACAUCCUCUGAACAGUGUUUGACAUUCCCUAAAACAUCCUCUGAACUGUGUUUGACCCUCCCUAAAACAUCCUCUGAACUGUGUUUGACACUCCCUAAAACAUCCUCUGAACUGUGUUUGACACUCCCUAAAACAUCCUCUGAACUGUGUUUGACACUCCCUAAAACAUCCUCUGAACUGUGUUUGACACCCCCUAAAACAUCAUCUGAACUGUGUUUGACACUCCUUAAAACAUCCUCUGAACUGUGUUUGACACUCUCUAAAACAUCCUCUGAACUGUGUUUGACACUCCCUAAAACAUCCUCUGAACUGUGUUUGACACUCUCUAAAAUAUGCUCUGAACUGUGUUUGACACUCCCUAAAACAUCCUCUGAACGGUGUUUGACACUCCCUAAAACAUCCUCUGAACUGUGUUUGACACUCCCUAAAACAUCCUCUGAACUGUGUUUGACCCUCCCUAAAACAUCCUCUGAACUGUGUUUGACAUUCCCUAAAACAUCCUCUGAACUGUGUUUGACACUCCCUAAAACAUCCUCUGAACUGUGUUUGACACUCCCUAAAACAUCCUCUGAACUGUGUUUGACACUCCCUAAAACAUCCUCUGAACUGUGUUUGACACUCCCUAAAACAUCCUCUGAACUGUGUUUGACACUCCCUAAAACAUCCUCUGAACGGUGUUUGACAUUCCCUAAAACAUCCUCUGAACGGUGUUUGACAUUCCCUAAAACAUCCUCUGAACUGUGUUUGACACUCCCUAAAACAUCCUCUGAACUGUGUUUGACCCUCCCUAAAACAUCCUCUGAACUGUGUUUGACAUUCUCUAAAACAUCCUCUGAACUGUGUUUGACAUUCCCUAAAACAUCCUCUGAACUGUGUUUGACACUCCCUAAAACAUCCUCUGAACUGUGUUUGACAUUCUCUAAAACAUCCUCUGAACUGUGUUUGACACUCCCUAAAACAUCCUCUGAACGGUGUUUGACAUUCCCUAAAACAUCCUCUGAACUGUGUUUGACAUUCCCUAAAACAUCCUCUGAACGGUGUUUGACAUUCCCUAAAACAUCCUCUGAACUGUGUUUGACAUUCCCUAAAACAUCCUCUGAACUGUGUUUGACACUCUCUAAAACAUCCUCUGAA